CGCCGCGGAAUCGGUCGCGCCAUCUGUGGCGCGACCUCACAAGCAGCCUCCCGGUCCUUUCCAGGUCUGAUCUCGCUGUGGUAUUGGUCGUGCGCGAGGGUCUCUAAAGAUCCAAGUAAUCCGUCGAAAUGGGUCGUGUACGUACUAAAACGGUGAAGAAGGCAGCCCGUGUAAUAAUUGAGAAAUAUUACACACGUCUGGGUAGUGACUUUCACACAAAUAAACGGAUAUGUGAGGAAAUUGCAAUUAUUCCGUCGAAGCCCCUCCGCAACAAGAUUGCAGGGUUUGUCACCCACUUGAUGAAGCGCAUCCAGCGUGGCCCAGUACGUGGGAUCUCCAUUAAGCUCCAGGAGGAGGAGCGAGAGCGUAGGGACAACUAUGUGCCAGAAGUGUCUGCCCUGGAACAAGGCAUCAUUGAGGUUGAUGCCGACACGAAGGAAAUGUUGAAAUUGAUGGACUUCGACAAAGUCGCUGGACUGCAGGUGACUCAGCCCAUCCCGUCUUCAUAUGGUGGCCGGCGAUAAUUUUUAAAUAAAUGCAUUCAAAGUAAA